AUGCUAGGUUGUAUCGUUUUAGGCGAAAAGAAUGCAUUUCCUGUUGAUUUCAAUACAGGCAAGACCAUAGGACAUCUCAAGAUAGUCAUCAAGGAGCAGGUAGGAUUGGAUAGUCCCGCACACAAACUGAAAUUAUGGAAAAUCAAUAUUCCUGAAAGUGAGAAACAUAAGAUAUAUGAAGGAAUCGAUGUCAAAGUAAAGUUUGGAGAACAACGUCCGAUCAAGCGGUUAAAAUUAGAAACAGAAGUAGGAGAUCCAUCAUUUAACGACUUAUUGGAAGUGGUUGCUCAUCUGAAACGUGAAUCAACUAAUUGGAAAAAACUAGAUUUUAUCGAACACCCCAUUAGAAAAGAUCUUCCAAUUAUUCAACAACCUAAAUUAUAUAUUCGAGAAGAUUACAAAGCCCUUUAUCAGAUAGUUAACAAAGAGGAACUUGAUCCUAAGUUCCUUAUAAACGGCACAUCAGGAAUUGGCAAAUCGUAUUUUCUACUUUAUCUCUUAAUCCAAAUUUUAUGUAGUUCCAAUGAUGUCACGGUCAUUUUUCAAACAACACAAAGUGAGCUUUUCUAUCGUUUUAAGAAUUCAAAACUAGGCGUUGGAUCUUUUGAGGAUAUUUCAUAUUGUCUGUAUGAUCCCAAUACAUGGUAUCUAGUGGAUGCCAUGCCCCCUGCCCAAAACUUAAGGCAAAAACUGUACUUGCUGUAUCACCUGUUAGCUACAAAGAAAACAAAAACUUUGAUGAAUUCUCUAAAGUAG